GCCACUCUGGACCUGAAGGUCAUUGUUCCGAUUUUCAGGUUAUCUCCAAAAAUUUGUAUAUAAAUUAAAAAAAAAGGGAAACUGUUUUAUAGACGUGUUUAAAAUAGGCAAAAUGUUCAAUAAAUUUACCUAUAAUUUUCGCAGGGGCUGUCAUUUAUGUCAAAGAACCAGACGUUUAUUUUCUAGUAAAGCGGGCGCCAACAAUCAAUGGAACAGUGUCGUGGGCUUGGAAGUUCACGCCCAAAUUAACACAACCAGUAAACUAUUCUCAAGUGCUUCAACCAAGUUUUCGUCCCCCGUGAACGCAAAUGUGGCCCUUUUCGACUGCGCAAUUCCCGGCACUUUGCCCGUACUUAACAAAAAAUGCGUCGAAUUCGGGGUUUUAACGGCGCUAGCUUUGAAUUGUCGAAUAAAUCCCGUCUCAACUUUUGACCGCAAACAUUAUUUUUACGCAGAUCUCCCUGCCGGUUAUCAAAUAACCCAGCAGAGACACCCUCUGGCCAACGACGGCCGUCUCGAAUUCCAAGUCUUUAGCCCCGGUGUUCACAAAGCCCCCUACAAGAGGCAAGUCCGCAUUAAGCAGCUCCAGCUGGAGCAAGACAGCGGAAAGAGCCUCCACGACACUGACCGCAGUCUCGUUGAUUUAAACCGUGCGGGGGUUCCCCUAAUGGAGGUCGUUUUCGAGCCCGAUUUGAGCGACGGCGAGGAGGCCGCAGCCCUAGUUAAGGAAUUAAUCGCGAUUUUGCAACGCAUUGGCACUUGCAGCUGCAAAAUGGAAGAGGGGGCCCUGCGGGUGGACGCGAACGUGUCCAUAAAUAGACAAGGGGAGGCUCUGGGGGUGCGCACGGAGAUCAAGAAUAUCGGGUCGGUGAGGGGCGUCGCGGGGGCGAUUCGGUACGAAAUCGAGCGCCAGAUUCAAGUGAAGGAGUCUGGGGGGGCUGUGGAGAAUGAAACUAGGGCUUGGGACGCUUUGGGUAAAGUCACAGUUUCAAUGAGAGACAAGGAGCAAGUGCAGGAUUAUAGGUACAUGCCGGAGCCUAAUUUGCCCCCCUUGCACGUGGCAAUGGGUCCGGUGUCUCAAGGGUGCGUCAGUGUUGACUCCCUCAAAAGUUCUCUCCCGGAAUUACCGGAAGGAACGAGAGUUAGACUGAGGGAAAGCUCCGGUUUGACUCUAGAGCAAAGCAUUAUUUUAGUGAAUGAUAGUUCGCUGUUAAAUUUAUUUGAGGACGUUUGGAGGGCGAAAAAAAUUGAGGGAAAACUACUCGCCAACUUGUUGAUAAAUGAGUACACCUCGAUUCUGAAUAAGAUGGAUUUAGAACCGAGCCAAUUUUCUUUUAAUUCUGACUAUUUUGGGGAAAUUGCCGUACUUUUGCAAAAUGGUGAAAUCACAAGAAACACGGUUAAGCUCGUCUUGGACGAAAUCAUCCAAGGGAGCACAAAACGGCCACUUGAGAUCGUGAGAGAAAAAAACUGGUUACAGAUUACCGACGAAGAUGCGUUGAGACAGUUAUGUCAGGAGGCCUUAGACCAGAACGAAAAAGUUGUGAAACAGUACAAGGGCGGAAAAACGAAAGUUUUUAAAGCACUUCUUGGAUACGUGGCGACGAAAAGUAAACAAAGAGCAGACAUGAAAAAAUGUGAUAAGAUUUUAAAAGAAUUGUUGAAUAAACAGUAAUCAUGUUAAUAAACAGUCGUAAUGUA